AUGGCGCCUAAUGCAGUGGACAGCAAUGCGGAAAGCUAUAAAGGGACCAGUUCGCCAUGGACUCCAAAGGAUCUUCAGGCAGCUCUCGACUGGUUCAGCACAUCGAUCAUGUCGCGCUCAAGCUAUCUUCAAGCUUCAACGCUGCUCUCUUCUUUCCUGUCGCUUACAGCUGGCCAGACACCUAUCAGCUCGUCUGACGGCGGUUGGAGCACGACCCUGGCUGGCACCCCUACCUCAUUCCGCCCUGUCUUUACUCUUCCUCCCUCAGUAGACCAAGGCGUUGAGCAGAUCCCCAACAUCUACGAUCCGCAAGCUGUCGAUGCACAAGAUGUCUGCCCAGGUUACAAGGCGUCCGGUCUUGAACAAAACGACCGUGGCCUGAGCGCCACCUUGACACUGGCUGGCGCACCUUGCAAUGCUUACGGUACCGAUAUCGAGGAGCUAGACCUGAAGGUCGAAUACCAGGCCAAGGGGCGACUGGCCGUUAGCAUUGUCCCCAAACAUCUUGAUGCUAGCAACCAGUCCCAAUGGAUUGUUCCCGAAGAUCUUAUCCCAAGGCCGCAAGCCGAGGAUUCAUCGGACGGCACAGACCUCAAAUUUGAUUGGGGCAACGAGCCAUCUUUCUGGUUCAAUGUCGGCCGUCGCUCUACUGGAGACGUCAUCUUCACUACUCAAGGCUCGCACCUCAUUUAUGAGAACCAGUUUGUCGAGUUUGUGAACAGCCUGCCUGAAGACUAUAACCUUUACGGUCUGGGAGAACGCAUCCACGGCCUCCGCCUGAACAACAACUUCACCGCGACCAUCUACGCUGCUGAUGUUGGUGACCCAAUCGACCGCAAUCUUUAUGGUAGCCACCCAUUCUACCUCGAAACCCGCUACUUCGAAAAGGGUGGCAAUGGUAGCAGGACCCCUCUUAAACAGUCCGAGAUGCAGCAGAGCAACUUUGGCUACGAGAGCAAGCCAACUGGAUCGAAGUACGAGUCUCUCUCUCAUGGUGUAUACUACCGUAACACUCACGGCAUGGAUGUUGUCAUGAAGCCUGACCAUCUUUCUUGGAGAACAUUGGGAGGCGCAAUUGAUCUAUUCUUCUACGACGGACCUUCUCAGCCUGAGGUAACCAAGGAGUACCAGAAGUCGGCGAUUGGACUGCCUGCCAUGCAGCAAUACUGGACCUUCGGUUUCCACCAGUGCCGAUGGGGUUACCGCAACUGGACAGAGCUCAGAGAGGUUGUUGAGACUAUGAGGGCAUUCAACAUUCCUAUGGAAACUAUUUGGCUCGACAUCGAUUACAUGGACCAAUACCGAGACUUCACUCUUGAUCCCGUGACUUUCUCUCCCUCCGGUGUCAAGGACUUCUUUGGCUGGCUGCACGGAAACAACCAGCACUUUGUGCCCAUCGUAGAUGCAGCAAUCUACAUCCCGAACCCGCAGAACGCGAGUGACGCAUACGACACUUACACUCGCGGAAACGAGUCUGGUGUCUUCCUGAAGAACCCCGAUGGCAGCCAAUACAUUGGCGCUGUAUGGCCUGGGUACACUGUCUUCCCCGACUGGCUAUCUUCCAACGGUGUAGCCUGGUGGGUUAAGGAGAUGGUUGAGUGGUACAAGGAAGUGCCGUUCAGCGGCUUCUGGGUUGACAUGACUGAAGUCUCUUCAUUCUGUGUUGGCUCCUGCGGUACUGGCAACGUUACACUGAACCCUGUUCACCCACCUUUCUCUCUUCCUGGUGAGGUAGGCAACAUCGUCUACGACUUCCCCGAAGGCUUCAACAUCACCAACGCAACCGAGGCCGCUUCAGCCUCAGCCGGUGCCUCGAGCCAGGCCGCAUUAUCAGCAGAGCCCACGGCAGAGGUUUCUACGACUGCCAGCUACUACCGAUCUGAGCCUACGCCCGGUUCGCGCAACGUCAACUACCCUCCAUACGUCAUCAACCAUGUCCAGGGAGGAGCUGAUCUUGCUGUUCACGCUGUCAGCCCUAACGCGACACACGAGAACGGUGUUGAAGAGUACGAUGUCCACAACCUCUUUGGUCACCAAAUCAUCAAUGCCACCUACCAGGGUCUUCUCGAGGUCUUCCCUGGCAAGCGACCCUUCAUUAUCGGACGGUCCACAUUCGCUGGUAGCGGCAAGUGGGCUGGUCACUGGGGUGGUGACAACGCGUCCAAGUGGGCUUACAUGUUCUUCUCCAUUCCCCAGGCUCUAUCCUUCUCACUCUUCGGUAUUCCCAUGUUCGGCGUCGACACAUGUGGAUUCAACGGAAACACUGACAUGGAGCUUUGCGCCCGCUGGAUGCAACUCUCUGCUUUCUUCCCAUUCUACCGCAACCACAACGUGCUCUCUGCCAUUCCACAGGAGCCCUACGUCUGGGAUGCCGUAGCCUCUGCAUCUAGGACCGCCAUGCACAUCCGAUACUCUCUGCUGCCCUACAUGUACACUCUCUUCAACGACGCCCACACCACUGGUUCUACCGUGAUGCGUGCGCUCGCAUGGGAGUUCCCCAACGAGCCACAGCUCGCAGGCGUCGACACACAGUUCAUGUUGGGACCCAACAUCCUCGUCACUCCCGUUCUUGAGCCUCAGGUUGACACCGUCAAUGGUGUUUUCCCCGGUAUCGUUGACGGCGAGAGCUGGUUCGACUGGUACUCUGGCGAGCGUGUCCAGGCUGAAGCUGGUGUCAACACUACCAUUUCGGCUCCUCUGGGCCACAUUCCCGUAUACGUCCGCGGUGGCGCAGUACUGCCAACUCAAGAGCCUGGCUACACCACUACUGAGUCCCGGAAAAACCCAUGGGGUCUCAUCGUUGCUCUAUCAACUGAUGGUACUGCUUCUGGUAACCUGUACAUUGACGAUGGCGAAUCUCUUGAGCCGGAGUCGAGCCUGGAUAUUACGUUCGCUGCUAUGGAUGGACAACUAAAGGCUGAGGUCCAGGGCGAAUUCAAGGAUACGAACGCGCUUGCCAACGUCACUAUCAUGGGAGCUUCAUCUUGUGGACAGGUCAAGCUGAACGGCGAGACGAUCGAUGCAAGCAAUGUAGAGUACAACUCUACCAGCAGCGUCCUGAAGCUUACAGGUUUGAAUGAUUUGACCAGUGGAGGAGCCUGGCAAGGUAGCUGGACCCUGAGCUGGGAGUAA